AUGUUACCGGCGCUCACCACCAAGCCGAAGCAGGCAGUGCGCCAGGUCAAAGGCUUGACAAAUGACUCGAUCGACUCGUACUCAAAUAUGCCACUUGGCGGCAGCUCGAGUAUUGGCGGGGGGAUGACGGCGACAUACGUCGACAACACCGAGUCAGACAGCGGAACACCGCGCGCGUCACCACCGACAACAAGUCGAGCGACUAUUAACACGGGGCGUGCAACCGUUGCUAAGCCUACGAGUGGUGAGGAUGGCGCGAUGGCUCGUGUAGUGCGAGACCGAAAGGCUUCAGGGGAGGAGGAGUUAUCACUACGUACGGGAGAUAUCGUCAAGGUGCUUUCCACCAAACGUACAGGAUACCUCAAAUGCGAAGCAGGAGACGAGGUGGGUUAUGUACCAUCGUCCUACUUAGAAUUCUUGGACGCUGUCAAUGAGGUAGGUAAUGGGGCUAGUAAUGGAGUGAGUGAAGAAGCGCAGCGAGCAGCCGAGAAACAACGUAAGAAGCAGAAGAAGGAGAAGCGUAGAAAGGAGAAACGUGAGGCCAAUGACGGAAUUGAACCGGACGAAGCAGCUCCUGUUACUGUACGCUCACCUCGUAAAGAAGCUGCGAGUACUGACAAUGAAGGCAACGAGUCACCACGCAAGCGCAAGAAGAAAGAGCGAAAGCAUCGCGAUCGCGAAACUGGUGAUGACACGCACAGAAGUGGAGCUACUGAGGAGCCUGCAAGCGCCAGAUCUCGAACCGCUGAAGACACGGAUCGACCUCGUAAAAGCAAACAUACCAAGAAGAAACGUCAUCGCGACGUAGAAAGUAGUGACUCUAGUGAAACUGAAAAAGGAAAACGUAGUGCUCGACACAGCCGCCGUCGCCGUCAUCGACGUGGGUCAAGUGAUAGUGAGUCCGAUUCAACAUCGUCGGGCGAUUCAGAUGGCAGCUACCGACGGAGACGUCGUCGACGUCGUCACAGACAUCGAAGAAGCUCUAGUGAUGACGACGACGAAGACGACAGUGACCACAAACGGCGUUCCAGACGUAGUAAGAAACGACGCGAUAAAGGUGGCGGUGACUCUGACCCCGAAGAAGGCUCUCGCUCAGCUCGCAAAGCUGAGAAGAAGAAGUCCACAGCAACGUUACAAGAAGUAGAGAAAGGAGUGGCUCAACUGGAUGUGAAGUCCGAGGAAAAACCAUCCGAAGCGAAAAUUAUUCCCUUAUCAAGCAAGACCGAGGAGCCUGAUAGAGGGAAGAAAGAGGAGACUGAGCGUAGUGAAGGUUCGUCAGAAGGACGGACAACGACCGUAUCGUCCACCCGGAAGGAUGACGAAGGUCGUACUAGUUCCGGCACUUCCAAGAACAGUAGCAAGUCAGGAAUUGGCAGACAAAUUGGAGAAAAGAUGCGAUCAUUCUUAGGUGGAGGCAGCAAGAAGCAGCAUAGUAGCAAGAGUUCGAGCGGCAUUUUGAACGCAUGCCCAGGCACCGUGCAAGGAGAGGAAGGCUGGUACGAGCACGGAGAGAAUGAACGCUACUAUUUCGUGCUUGUAGAUGGUAAAUGGAGUCUUCUGUACGGACCUAUGACUGAGGACGAAUUCGAAGUCUUUUCCAACCGGGUGUUGGAGCAAAAUCACGCUAUUGAACUGCCACCGACAUAUCUACACAAGUCAGGCUUCUAUCUUAACCGCGAGCUGCGUGUUCAGAAAGAGCAGUGAAAGCGUGAACAAAC